AUGAAGGCCUCAAAUCCCGACCUUGCCGGCGCCCUCUCAGAGAUUUUGACUUCUUCUAACAUUCUUGGACGAUUCUGGCAGAGCAAUAUGGUGUCGCGGUUCGGAAGCCUCUUUCUCUUCGGUUCUCUGGCCAAGGGUAUCGCAGCUCAGUGCUCGCAACAAAAUGGAAGCGUUGACCUGAGCUGGCACGCCCCUAACCAGACCCAUAUCAAUGACCUCGGCUUUGUGAUCAACGGUACUGGUGCCAAUGGGUUCAUCUACAAUAGCUCCAUCACUCCGGCGACAGCUGGAUACAGCACGUACAACUGGUGCAACAUGCCUCAUGUGCGACAGCAGGAAUAUGUCAAAGCUCCUGAAGGCUACAAGUUGGAGUAUGUCGAAUUGAUUCAACGACAUCACAAACGUACACCUUAUGCGGCGAAUACUUUUCCUCACGAAACGUAUUCCUGGAAUUGUGAUGACGAAGCCCUCUUCUACUACGGAGUGCCUCGACCAGAUGGAACAUCGGCCCAGGUCAACUGGCAGGUCUACACUUCCGAUUCGAACCCACUUGCACCAGAAGGCUUUAAUGGAACGUGCCAGUUCCCCCAGAUCAGUGGCUCCGGCUUGAACGACUCUCGCAAACACGGAUCCGACGUUUACGGUGUGUACCAUGGGCUUCUCGGCUUUCUGCCUGACAGCUAUGAUCCGGCCAAAAUUACAUAUCGCGUCACGAACAACGUCAUCACAUCCCAGGUUGCGAGCCAGGCCAUCGAAGGGCAAUUUCCAUCACUGGUGAACAAGCCUAUAGGUGUUGCCAUCCAACCAGACUCGAUCGACUCUCUUGAACCUGCAUACACUUGUGACAGAGCGGACGACUUGUACGCCAGCUACGGUAUCGGCUCUUCCGUCGCGAAUUGGACCGUCCACUUGAACGACUCCAAGCCACUCUUUGCCAAGCUCGACUCCGUCUCCGGCAUCAACAAGACGGAUCCAGGCUGGCACAACUGGUUUGACCAUUACUUCGACAACCUUUCGGCGCGGCUGUGCCACCAGAAGGCCCUUCCUUGUCAGGCGGGAAACUCCACCAACUGCAUCACGCAGGCCGACGCCGACGCCGUGUUCCGACGAGGUCAAUACGAGUACUCGUUCUUGUGGCGCGACAGCCCCGCGUCUCUGCCCACGGCCACCGCAGGGUUUGGCAUUUGGAUGGCGGAGCUCGCCAGCAAUCUCCGCGCGUCGAUGAACGGGACGUCAACGACCAUCUACAGACACAACGUCGCCCAUGAUGGCUCCAUUGCGAGACUUCUAGCCAUCUUGCAGGUCGACGUCAUGGUCUGGCCGGGCAUGGGGUCCGAGGUCGUAUUCGAACUCUACAGCAAGUCCGGCUGCCACUACCUGCGUGUGCUCUGGAGCGGCCAGGUUCUGCGCAGUUCAAAUCCCAGCCUGGGCCUCAUGGACAUGAUCCCCGUCCAGACUUUGUUGAGCUACAUUGACGGAUUGGUUGGCGUCAAGGCAUCCAAGGUUCCCGGGUUGUGUUCAAGCAGCUGA